GCGGGAAACAGUUUGUAACGUACUUCCUGUCCACGAAGGAACGCUUGAGAAGUGACGACGCGCUCGAGUUGUCCAAAUUCGACAAGUCGCUUACCCCCGCCCACGAACGCCUCGUCGGGAACGCGUACGCCCUACUCUACUCGCUCGGACUGUUGAGUUGAAGCUCACCUCGGACAAGAGCUAGGUGUCGCAGUUUGGGAACCUGUGCAAGAUUUUGCUGGGGGUGGUGCAGCGCGAGCAGCAUCAGCAAACGAUCGACGAGCUGUCGCACAACCACCACAGCAUGAAGUUCAACGGGAGCAUGAUGUCGGCGACGAUGGUUAGGGGAAACGCGAUGAGCGUCUCCGGGAAGCCCAAAUCGGCGGCGGAAUCGGUGAGCCAGCAGCAGUCCCCUGAUAGCCAGCAAGUUCCGCGCCAGCGAACGCCAACCCGAACUCACGUUCACCGUUCCGUAAUCUGGACUUUAGCACCAGUGCCACCGCCGAACACCGCAGCAAUCCACAGCCUACCGGCCUCGUACGAGUGUGCCCGAGCUUGCCAGGAAGAAGAACCGCCGAGAAUCUGCUACUACUUUACCGUCGAGUACUACAUCGUGCUGGGAGCUGCAGGCAGACAGGAGGUCGGUCGGAGCGAUCGAAGCGCUUCAAGCUUGGACGGGCUCUCGCGGAUCGAAGGCGUUGACGAGGUGCUCGUCAUCAGUGCCACCAACCGUCAUGCGCUCGACCCUGCUCUGCGUCGCAUCGGUCGCUUUGACCAGGAAAUCUUGUUAGGAAUUCCCGACCUCGAGGCGGUGUGCGUGGUUUAG